CGGGUCCUGCCUUACUCUGCACCUGCCACUAUUGUGAGCCGGCAAUGAUGCAACCGAACGGAAUCAUGAAGCAAUGAUGUUAUUCUGACCCAAAAGCAAAAUGACUCAUUUCCCACCAGUUUUGUCCGAAACAGAGGUCUCUCAUCACAUCCUUCCAAAAACCUCGCACUCAUACAAGCCCAGCAGUUCCAUACAAAAUGACUUGUCUUUCCAUGAUACCCACGUUCGCGAGAGGCAGUCGCUCCCCCGAUUAUGAGAGCCAGCCCAACUGUUCGAUGUCUAAUGCCGAAGCGUCGAGAAUAUUCCACGUCCCCGAGAUUCUAGAAGGUAUUCUUCUGGGUCUGGAUCUAUACACACUAUUGAUUUCAGCUCGAGUCUGCCACUCAUGGAACUCCCUUAUCAAAUCCUCCCGCAAGAUCCAGCAAGCACUGUUCUAUAUUCCCGUCGAAACGCCGGUGCCACACCACCCACGCACCAAGAACCCGUUCAUCACCGACAUAAUCUGGCCCGAGUUCAUCCACCGCCAACUCCUCUCAUACACCCGACCCGGAACCGCCUGCUGCUUCGAGAUCCCCGACAUGGCGUCCAAAAAGCGCGAAGCGGCGUAUCUCCGGCCCGAGGCCAGCUGGCAGAACAUGCUUCUCCAGCAGCCGCCCAACUGCAUUGUCCGUCUGUGGAACCCGAGACGUUCCGACGUGCGGUACCGCAAUCAUAGCGAUACCGCCGACAGCCUUGUGCGGUGGAAACCGAAGGGAGACCACCUCCGAUUGAAGCAUGUGGUAUACUAUAUAGACGCGGGAGCAUUUACACCAUCCCCUUGGCCGUUCCUAUGCUUUGUUAAUGGAUGGGAACUGCAUAGGGUCGUGAGGAAGCCUGAGAGACGCGAUAAGAUGAAGAGGAGCCCCGAUCUCGGGCGGUAUUUGGCCAGUUUUGAUCUUACUCUCAACACCGCUUCCAAGGGCUGUUGGCCGGUGGUGAUUUGCCCCCCUGGCCAACCUCGACGGACGGCCCGUUCGAUCAAUCUUACUGAUUGGUUUGAACGAAAGGAUGUGAGAUUGCUGGAGGAUGAGCUUUGCUAGCGCGGUUGGUGUGGUUCGCUCGGAACUAUCGCCGAUAUCUGUUCGCUUGGUUUGCUCUUCUUGCGGAUAUCUGACCGCUGCUGAUGCUUAUUGCUCGGAUGUCUGUGAAUAGGCCAUUCUAGAUCUUUGCUAGAUCGUUCUUAGUUCAAGAUAAUACAGGAUGCGAAGAACAGAUGAA